UAGUCAAGAUGGAGGACGAUCUGCCGACAAAUUAUGAUAUCGUCGUUAUUGGCACAGGAAUGCCUGAAUGUAUUAUAGCUGCAGCUGCAGCAAGAAUUGGAAAAACUGUGCUGCAUUUGGAUAGAAAUGAUUAUUAUGGAGGUGAUUGGGCAAGUUUUAAUUUUGAUCAGUUACAAAGUUGGAUUCAGAACUAUGAGGAAACAAAUAUAGAACAGACAUCAAAUGAAGAAAGGCAAGAAUAUUUAUCUGAAGGAGAGAUGUAUAUACAUCUUAAAAGACAAGUAUCUAAUGUAUCAAAUGUCUUUGAAUUGAGUUUUAUAAGAGAUAAUGAAGAUGAAAUUACACAAGAACAAGAAAAUACAUCAAAUGUACAUUGUGAAGAAAAUAUAAGAAAUGAAGAAAUUUUAACUAGUUCUAACAAUAUUGUUGCAAAUGAAACAGUCUCUGAAUCAGAAACAGAAGCAGUAGUUAAUGAUGAUGUACAACAUUCUGAAAUUUCAGAAAAUCAGGAACAUGAUGAUCAUGUUGAGUCUUCAAUUGUAAAUUCUGAAGAAACAGGAAAUGAACCAAAGAAUUCUGAAGAAAGACAUAAUGAAGAAAAUACACAUGCUUUAAAGUGUAAAAUUAAAAACUGGACUCUUACAGCUCUUAAAAAUCAAUACAGAAAAUUUAAUUUAGAUUUAUCACCAAAAAUAUUAUUUUCUAGAGGUUCUCUAGUUGAACUGUUAAUAUCUUCUAACAUUGCUCGUUAUGCAGAAUUUAAAAGUGUGUCUCGAAUUCUUACAUUAAUGGAUGGAGUGCUUAAACCUGUUCCAUGUUCUAGAGCUGAUGUUUUUAGCACAAAAAAUGUCACUGUAGUGGAAAAAAGAAUGUUGAUGAAAUUUUUGACAUUUUGUUUAGAAUAUCAUAAACAUCCAGAAGAAUACAGAGGAUAUGAAGGACGCCCUUUUGUUGACUUCUUAAAAUCGCAAAAAUUAACACCACAAGUUGAACAUUAUAUCCUUUAUGCUAUAGCAAUGGUAGAUGAAUCAACUCCAACUCUGCAGGGAUUGAAAGCAGUACAAACUUUCUUGGAAUCUUUAGGUCGCUAUGGGAAUAGUCCUUUUCUCUGGUCUUUAUACGGUAGUGCAGAACUUCCACAAUGUUUCUGCAGAUUAUGUGCUGUAUUUGGAGGAAUAUAUCAUCUGAAACGAACAGCAGAAUCUUUAAUAUUACAUUCUGAUGGAUCAUUUAAAGGAUUAAUAUCAAAUGGACAAAGAAUAAAUUGUUCGUGGAUGGUAAUGGAAUCAAGUUACAUUACAUCAAAUCAGGAUCAGUUUAAUAACUUAACAAAUUCUCUCUUGUCAUCAGAUAUUAAUCCAAAAAGAAUAUCUCGUGGCAUAUUUAUCACAGAUUCUUCAAUUCUAUCUGUGGAACGUGAACAAAUAACUUUGCUUCGAAUUCCAACAAAAUGCAGUGUUAAUAGCACUAUUACUGUUUUAGAACUUGGACCUGGUGCCAUGGUUUGUCCAGAUCAAACUUAUGUUGUACAUUUCACUUGUCAAUCAGUAGCAGAAACAGCAAAAGAAGAUUUGUAUCCAGCUAUGGAGUUAUUGUUUACAAUAGAUAGUAACGAAAGUAAAGAUUCUGAAGAAAACUGUAAAAAUUAUAGGAAGCCAAAAGUGCUCUGGUGUGUUUUUUUUAAUCAGGUUGAUACAACUACUGUAAAUCUCGAUGUUGUAAAUUAUCAAGGUUUGUUAUUAACAUCUACUCCAGGAUCUCAUUUAGAUUAUGAAUAUGCUGUGAAAGAAGCAAAAGAAAUCUUUCAAAAAAUGUUUCCAGAUGAAGAAUUUCUUCCUAGGGCACCAGAUCCUGAAGAGAUUUUAUUAGAACCGUGCAAUAAUAAUCCAGGAGAGGAUGAAAUUGAAGCAGCAAACAAUUCAGAAAAGAAAGAAACUUCUUUAAUAAAUGAAAAUAGUUCGGUUAGUGAAAAUAAACUUGGCAAUGAUCAAGGAGAAACUGAUAACGGAAAUGAAGGAAACGAAACAGCAGAGAAGUAAUCUUCGGUGUAUGUAAAAAGAAAUAUCCUGAAUUAUAAAUAACUGUAAAAUAUUUUCAUUUCUUAUUUCUAUUCUUAUUGUCUUAUGGAUGAAAAUCAAAUAACUUGUGGGAUUGUAAAUUUCUGUAAAUUAUUGUUAAAUAAAUUAUUAAAUGUUGAACAUAUUAAUACAUUUACAGAUACUUGAGUCAUUAUGCAGAAUAACAAAAUAUAAUUAUAUUAAUAUUUUAUUGAUUUUAUAUAUAUAUAUUUGU